AUGGCAUAUCAUCAACUUCUUAACCACAAUAGAAUGUAAUAAAUUGAUUCAAACAAACAAAAAUUUGAGAAAAAAACCAAUUAAAUAUUCUAAAUUCUUAUGAGAUUAUUAAGAUAAAUAAAAUCAUUUUUCAAUUUUAUUUUUUUAUCCUUUUUCUUAAUUAUCAUUUUAAGUUCUCAUAAAGAAAAUUAAAACUUUUUGUUUGAACAUUUCUUUAUAUUUUUUUCAAUCUAUUAACCUCUUUUUUCCUAUAAAUUUGUUGCGCGAAAACAGAAUGCAAACUACUUGUAAUUCAAUUAGACAGGUUGCAAUUCCUCAACAAAAGCAUCAACACCCAAUCACUCUGAAUCAGAAGACGCCUAUUAGGCAUACAACUCAACAAACAGCCUACUUCUCGGAUAGGGUUUUAACCCACCAAAGAAAUAUUCUACCGACGUUAGCUCUACUGAGGAAUUCCAUAUUGAUGUGAAACCAAAAAGAAAAGUGUUCUGCUCUCCCGAAGAAAAGAAGAAAUUUAUCGAUGAUUAUACCAAAAAGUUGAAGACAGAAAUGUGCAAAAACUGGACAGCAACCGGAACUUGCAAAUUUGGAGAUAAGUGCUCGUUCGCGCAUGGAAAGGAGCAACUUUAAGGAAAGAUUCAUCUCCACCCUAAUUACAAAACAAAACCAUGCAAGAAGUUUUUUAUCAAGGGUAUCUGUUCUUAUGGAAACAGAUGCCAAUACAUUCACUCCAUCACUUAGCUAAUUGAAAAAGGCCAUGAAGAUUUCUUAAGAUAAGUUUAUCCUAGCAAAAAGCUAUUUUAAGUGCCAGAGAGGCUAGAAAUACUGCGCAAGAAUUUCAACAUACCAAGCAGGCUCCCAAUAUUCUUUUAGAUUUCAAGUUAACAGUCAUCAACUGACGACUCGAGUUCUUAGGACGAAAUUACCAGUGAAGAUUUCUCUUCAACCGGAAUUCGCUAAAAAGUACACUCAAAUCCUAGCUAAGCUGAAUUACUUUACUACCCAAGAAAUGAAAUCAAAGAUUUCACCACUGAGUAUUAAAACAUUUGA